AUGGCCUUUACGCCAAAGAAACGAUCCAGGACGUAUCGAGGAAGAAUAAAGGCUUUCCCUAAGGAUGAUCCCUCGAAGCCUAUUCAUCUCACUGCGUUCCUUGGAUACAAGGCUGGCAUGACCCACAUCGUCCGUGAUGUCGAUAAGCCGGGAUCAAAGGUUAACAAGAAGGAAGUCGUCGAGGCUGUUACCAUAAUUGAGACUCCACCGAUGGUUAUUGUCGGUAUCGUUGGAUACAUCGAUACCCCUCGUGGUCCUCGUCCCUUCAAAUCGGUCUUUGCCGAGCAUCUCAGCGAAGACUGUCGUCGUCGUUUCUACAAGAACUGGUUAGCGUUGAUCAUUCCACUUUUUCUAGCGACUGGUUUUUGA